AGAUAUCCGGGAGACAGAGGAUAAUCGCUCCGUAAUAACCAGCGCAUCUCUUAUCGAACGACGAAYUCGAAACGAAAAGUAAUACGCAAGAAUUUUCAAGUAAUAGAGCUACRCAACAAUGAACUACGUUUUUUCGGUGAUUCGCAGCAUCGUGCUGCUGUCGAUGUCGCUUUCGUCUGUGGAAGCAGCAAGAAAGCAACGAUCGAAAGAUCUCACGUCACUGGAGUACUCUGUGUUCCCGCGACGAACCGAAGAGGAGGCGGCCGUUUUUGAAUGGGGCCAUUCCGCGAUCAUUUCGGCCCUGGAUGCCUCCGUGGCGAAAUUCGGACCGCAAACGAGCGACGCGGCGCUGCUGGAGGUUGAGUGCAUGCCCAUCCUGGCGUCGCCGGUCAACGGAGCGAUGAGGGGCGAAGACGGCGAAAAAGAAAUCACGGCACUCCGCAAUGCCGAUGACAUCCACGGGAACAUUGUGGUGAUGACCAACAACGGUGGCUUGUCGGGCGUGGAAAUGGCCAAGAUUGCAAAGCUUUCGGGAGCCGCCGCCCUUCUCGUGGUCAACAUCGACGAGAAACGACCUGACGAUAUCAACCGCCUGGAUAUUCUCGAGGGAGAGGAAGAAGACGCAGAGGACAUUGACAUUCCCGUCGUUAUGAUUUCUCUGAACUCGGCCAAUGUAUUGACAACGGCCACGGUGGAGGCACACAUGGAGGCAAAGGAUAUUGUCAACAACGGCAUGCCAGAACGAAUUCGAUUAUACGCUGGRGGCGACCGUCCGUUCUUUGAAGACGUUGAACCAUUGAAUCCGACACUYUACUUGAUCCACAAUCUAUUGACCGGAGAGGAGGCAGACUCCUUGGUUGACAGCGCAAAAUCCAAAGUCGAACCCAUGAAAACCGGUGUGAUYGACAACCUCCAAUUGAACACCCAGCCAGAGAACUAUCCCGGAGUCGAGAGCGUCAUGCUUUGGAAGGGAGCCCUAGCCUCACCGGCACAAAAGGCCGUGGAAGAACGAAUCGAACAGGUCACGGGGUUUCCKGCGACACAUUUUAGUGAUUUCGUUGUGGACAAAUUGGAGUCCGGAGCRCACUGGAAGCCGCACUAUGACAAACAUUCAGACGCCUUUGAUUCGACACCCGUUGCCACCAUUAUUGUAUUUCUGACGCAACCAGGCGACAGCGAGAGUGGGUCCAUUGUCUACCCGGGAAGCAAGAAAGAUCCCAUCAAGAUUUUGCSGCAAAAGGGUUUGGCAAUCGUACACCACAACAUGGACAACAACAGCGCGCUUGAUUUGAGCACCCUGCACGCCAUGAUGCCGGUUGCGGAAGGCGAAACAGURUACGUCGCUCGCAAAUACGUUUUCGAGCAGCCUAUAUCCCAGUCGCGACGGGUUGCCCUGCCCAUUUUUGCAUUUGCAUUCGGCGGAAAGCUUCCUGCAAUCAUUGUGGAUUUUCACGAUAUGCUCGUGGAGAACUUUGGUGCAGAAGAGGGGGGUAUCUAUUUUGACAAGGCCUGCGUCUUCCUGCCAUUAUUGGUCCUGCUGUUGAUAGCACAGUUUUUGGUCAAUUACGUAAAAGAUCAAAUAAUGGAUACCGCCUCUGACAACCAAACCAACGAAAAGACAAGGAAAAAAUCUGCCAAAUCCGAAAMGAAACAAGCVAAGAAAAGCAAGAAAGGAAAAAGCGAUUAAAACUCCCUAUUUCCGCAUACCACCAUCAGCUUGUUAUCAGGGUAGGAAGGAGCAAAGCUAAACCAAGUACGCUGUUACAAAAAUAAAACACCCAUUUUGAAUUUCUAUAAAACAUCCAGUGCACU